GGGCAGAGGAGAAGAGAGAGAAGGAGAGCACGCAAGAGAGGAAGGAGCGCCUUAGAGUCUCUGAAGCACGCAAGAGAUAACCAAUUAGGAAUUUUUUGGGCAACUGUCACCCAGGAGAGCAACCAGAGAAUCACCAUCACCCCAACUCUGACGUUUCCUACAAGAAGUUAGAGACUUAAGCAGUAUUAACAUCGGAGGGAAAUGAUAUGCUUGACGCUGUGGAAAAUACCCCUGAACUGAAGGAGUGCAAGUGGAUGUUGUGUGUGUGUUAAAUACCAGAAGAUCCCAGACCCCGUGGGUAAUAGAGACGAAAUGUGGAGAGAAUGACUAACGACAAAUCUGUGAAUUUGUUCUCUGGAGUUGCUAAUUUGCCAGCCCGAAGCAACACAUUUUACAAGGAGGAAACGUUUUGCUGCUUCUGAUUUCUCCCCAAACUGGUGCUACCAGAUGCAUGGCUUUCUAUGUGUUGGAACAAAUCGUUCCUAACUGCAGCAUACCGGGAAAGGGGAAAGGUUGAGGCAACUAACUGGCUGUCUCCAAAUAAGCGAUGAGAGGUAAUGCGUCCUCCAGUCCAUGCACGCUUCCUCUUGCAGUUCGUGCAUCAUUCCUCAGUGGAAACCUUUAAACGCUAAAAUCCAGGAAAAGAAAAUAAAUACAUUAUCAUGGACCUGAGGGAUUUUUACCUGUUGGCUGCUCUGAUUGCCUGUUUAAGGCUGGAUUCCGCAAUAGCUCAAGAACUUAUUUACACUAUUAGAGAGGAAUUGCCUGAAAAUGUGCCCAUAGGAAACAUACCAAAGGAUCUGAACAUUUCUCACAUCAAUGCUGCCACAGGGACCAGCGCCAGCCUUGUCUACAGACUGGUUUCUAAAGCUGGGGAUGCCCCUUUGGUGAAAGUCUCCAGUAGCACUGGGGAAAUUUUCACAACCUCCAAUAGAAUAGACAGAGAAAAACUCUGUGCUGGAGCCUCUUAUGCUGAGGAGAAUGAGUGUUUCUUUGAACUUGAGGUGGUGAUCCUCCCCAAUGAUUUUUUCAGGCUGAUCAAAAUAAAAAUAAUUGUUAAGGAUACCAAUGAUAAUGCCCCCAUGUUUCCAUCUCCUGUCAUCAAUAUUUCCAUUCCAGAAAACACUUUGAUCAACAGCCGCUUUCCAAUUCCAUCAGCUACAGAUCCUGACACAGGCUUCAAUGGUGUACAGCAUUAUGAAUUGUUAAAUGGGCAGAGUGUUUUUGGACUGGAUAUCGUGGAAACUCCCGAGGGAGAGAAGUGGCCGCAAUUGAUUGUUCAGCAAAACUUGGACAGAGAACAGAAAGAUACCUAUGUGAUGAAAAUCAAAGUAGAGGAUGGAGGCACUCCACAGAAAUCCAGCACAGCCAUACUGCAGGUCACAGUAAGUGAUGUAAAUGACAACAGGCCAGUGUUUAAAGAGGGUCAAGUGGAGGUGCAUAUUCCAGAGAAUGCUCCUGUAGGCACCUCUGUAAUUCAGCUCCAUGCCACUGAUGCAGAUAUAGGCAGUAAUGCUGAAAUCCGGUACAUUUUUGGUGCCCAGGUCGCCCCUGCAACCAAAAGACUCUUUGCUUUAAAUAAUACUACUGGGCUGAUUACAGUUCAGAGGUCCUUAGAUCGAGAGGAGACAGCCAUUCACAAAGUGACAGUGCUGGCUAGCGAUGGCAGCUCCACUCCCGCUCGAGCAACGGUUACCAUCAAUGUCACUGAUGUAAAUGAUAACCCUCCUAACAUAGACCUCAGGUACAUUAUAAGUCCCAUCAAUGGCACAGUGUAUUUAUCUGAGAAAGAUCCUGUCAAUACAAAGAUUGCCCUAAUUACAGUUUCAGAUAAGGACACGGAUGUGAAUGGCAAAGUGAUCUGUUUUAUUGAAAGAGAGGUCCCAUUUCAUUUGAAGGCGGUAUACGACAACCAGUACUUGUUAGAGACCUCUUCUUUGCUGGACUAUGAGGGCACCAAAGAAUUCAGCUUUAAAAUUGUUGCCUCUGAUUCUGGGAAGCCCAGUUUAAAUCAGACUGCUCUGGUAAGGGUUAAGCUUGAGGACGAAAAUGACAACCCACCAAUUUUCAACCAGCCUGUAAUUGAGCUGUCAGUUUCUGAAAACAACCGACGUGGGUUAUACUUAACAACUAUUAGUGCCACAGAUGAAGACAGUGGGAAAAAUGCAGACAUUGUUUAUCAGCUUGGACCGAAUGCCUCCUUCUUUGAUCUGGACCGAAAGACAGGAGUUUUGACAGCCUCCAGAGUCUUUGACAGAGAAGAACAAGAGCGAUUCAUUUUUACAGUAACUGCCCGGGACAACGGGACACCUCCCCUCCAAAGCCAAGCGGCUGUGAUAGUCACCGUUCUGGAUGAGAAUGACAAUAGCCCCAAGUUUACUCAUAAUCAUUUUCAAUUUUUUGUGUCUGAGAAUCUGCCAAAGUAUAGUACUGUGGGGGUAAUCACAGUGACAGAUGCAGAUGCUGGAGAGAAUAAAGCGGUGACUCUUUCCAUUCUAAACGACAAUGAUAAUUUUGUGUUGGAUCCCUAUUCUGGAGUCAUAAAGUCAAAUGUCUCAUUUGAUAGAGAGCAGCAGAGUUCUUACACUUUUGAUGUCAAAGCCACUGAUGGAGGACAACCACCUCGUUCCUCUACUGCAAAAGUAACUAUCAAUGUCAUGGAUGUCAAUGACAAUAGCCCAGUUGUCAUUUCUCCACCUUCUAACACUUCUUUUAAGUUGGUGCCCCUCUCAGCCAUUCCUGGCUCCGUGGUAGCAGAAGUUUUUGCAGUGGAUAUUGACACUGGGAUGAAUGCUGAACUUAAGUACACAAUUGUGAGUGGGAACAACAAAGGCUUGUUUCGGAUUGAUCCUGUCACAGGUAACAUUACUCUGGAGGAAAAACCGGCACCUACUGAUGUGGGCUUGCACCGUUUGGUGGUCAACAUAAGUGACUUGGGAUACCCUAAGUCCUUGCACACACUUGUGCUUGUUUUUCUUUAUGUUAAUGACACUGCUGGAAAUGCCUCCUAUAUCUAUGACUUGAUUCGCAGGACUAUGGAGACCCCAUUGGACAGGAACAUAGGGGAUAGUAGCCAACCCUAUCAAAAUGAGGACUAUCUCACCAUCAUGAUCGCCAUCGUCGCCGGCGCCAUGGUGGUCAUAGUCGUGAUCUUCGUCACUGUUCUGGUGCGUUGUCGCCACGCAUCAAGGUUCAAAGCAGCUCAGAGGAGCAAGCAAGGUGCUGAAUGGAUGUCCCCAAACCAAGAGAACAAACAAAACAAGAAAAAGAAAAGGAAGAAAAGAAAGUCUCCCAAGAGCUCUCUUUUGAACUUUGUUACAAUUGAAGAGUCCAAACCCGAUGAUGCAGUUCACGAACCUAUCAAUGGGACAAUAAGCCUGCCGGCUGAGCUGGAGGAGCAAAGUAUAGGAAGAUUUGACUGGGGCCCGGCACCUCCAACAACCUUCAAACCUAACAGCCCUGACCUGGCCAAGCACUACAAAUCUGCUUCUCCACAGCCUGCUUUUCAUCUUAAACCGGACACUCCAGUUUCCGUGAAAAAGCAUCACGUGAUUCAGGAACUCCCUUUGGACAACACCUUUGUCGGGGGUUGCGACACCCUUUCCAAACGCUCUUCCACUAGUUCAGAUCACUUCAGUGCCUCAGAGUGCAGUUCCCAAGGAGGCUUCAAGACAAAGGGCCCCUUACACACCAGACAGGUAAACGAGCACUUUUACUGGUCUAUAAGUACUGCAUACAAGUGCCCAGUCAACCAGUAUUAACGCGCCAGUGUGUCUAUUGUUUUGGUCUAACUUUAGCUUAGUUAUAAAGAGGGAAAAAAAACUUGACCCCUUUUUCUAUUCCUCUGGGGCUCAGUCAAGAAUUUUUAGAACAGCUUUGAAAUUUCUGAGUUCUGAGAAUUAUUUAACCUCCCAGUUUCCUUCAAAUGGCAAAAGAUGAAAAGAGGAAAUUAUUCAAAAAUGUCCCAAGAUAAUGUUUGCUGAAGAAGAAAACCUGUUCUGAUAUGCCAAAUUCUGCUCCUGGGGUUUCCAAAUUGACUGCUUCAAGAUUUUCACAUUACCUUUUGAUCUCGAAAGUCACCUUCAAAUCUCAAGUUUUAAGUGACGUUUGAAGGUCUGACUAUAAUGAUGUCAGAGCUGUGGUUGCUAAAGGGGUUAAUUUUUUUUUAGUCUCUAAACAAGAUAGUAGAGUAUGAAAUGUACAUCAGUUGUGAAGCACAUGAUUGUUGAUAGAUUGCAACUAAGCCAUAUAGGAAGUCUUCUCUUUGAUUUCAGAUGAUUUUAUUGUAGUAUAGUAGAUUGGGUAUUGAACAGAGAGGUUUGCAGAUUGUCCACAAUGGCCAAAGUACUCUUCCAAAAAGAAAAAAAAGAAAAGAAAAAAAGUAGAAGGAAUGCUUUCUCCCUGAUAUAACUGAUUUAUACAGAAAAGAAUGAAUCCAUUGUAAAUAUUCUCUCAUCUUAGUAAUGCAUAAGUGAUCUGUCAUAACUCAUUCUAAACCGUAAAAUAUGCCAUAUGAAGAGGGAUUAAGAGGCUGAGCAACUCAUAUUUCAACCAAAUCCAGAAUUAGUUUUUCUUAGGUCUAAUAAUUCCUUGUUAAUAAAGAUUUAAAUGCAGCGCUGUCUAAUUUAUUUCACUGGUGCUUGUCUGUUGCCACGGAAGUUGAGUGUCAAUAAUAUCCUGUAGAUGGCACUAGGGUAUCAUGUCGCUUGUGCUGGCUAGGUGCCAAUCCUGCAGUAGCAAGGAGAUGGGGGAGGGAAGGAUCAAGCUGGUACUAUAGCCAAAGAUACCUUUUAUUUAAUGAUAGUUGCUCUGGAGCAACUAUUUAAGUUCAUUUGCUUGCUCUUUUGUGACUAGCUCUCACCACACCAACUUCCUAGGAUUUCGUAGUCUAAGUUCUAUCUUUGUUGGUAUUGAGUCCACCUAUGGUGAUGACCCAUCUGAAUUUGUUAAAAAUAAGGAACAUAUAGAUUUCAGAAAAUCAAGUAAAGCAAAAUAAGUUUGCAGGAUAGUAUUGACAGUUGUUGAAUAGUGUUUGAAAA